GAAAUGUUAUCAAAAGAAGGAAUAGACGAAGUACUAAAGAAGUGUGCAGAUAUAGAUGAAGUUAUUUACAAAAAUAUUAAUUUGAUACCAAUUAAUAACUGGAAGUUUGAUGAAGAAAUCAUUGAGCAGCUUCGGGAUCAGAAACACAAUUUUGUCAACAAGCAUUUAACAAGAAGUAGGUCCUUCAGUUUACGUUUAAAAUUAUCCCCAUAUGUGAUUCAAGAGCAACAAAAGAAACUAAGUAAUGCUUCAAAACAACGUCUGGCUCGUGAAAUAGGUGCUGGAUGUCAAACGGUUACGGAUGUUUUAGAAUGGAUGGCCAAAAAUUGCAGCAAUAUAAGGCCCAUCAAGCCUGAAAAAAAGGUCACUGAUUCCAAGGACACCAAAGCUAUCAACUUCCAGAAUGGUGGAACAAGUAUUUCAAACACAGAUUGUAUGGAUACAUGUGUUGAAGUAGUAAGUAAAAGUGCAAAGAAACGAAAAAAAAAUCAUAGUUGUACUUCGUUUGAUGGAAAAAAUAGCGAAUCUGUCACUGCAACUUCUGUUGUGCCAGUUGAUGCUGUAGAAGGUCGCAAGUUAGCUCUUAAAAAGCUCCAAGAAAAAUUGAAAAAAUUCAAAGGCAAUUUGAGCAAUAUUUUUGUAGCUCAGAGGAUUGGAAAAAUGACAGCAUUUGAAUAUGAAGAAAAAAGAAAAUUAAAGCGCCGCAUGAGUAAACUUAAGAUGAAACAAAGGAGGACAGCAGCUAAGCAGGAAGCCAACAGUCAUAAGUUAUCACAAGAUGAACCACAACCAAGUAAGAGAGCAAAAAUCGAAAAUAGAUUCGAAAUAACCGAGAAAAACAAUGAAAAAAUGAUUUUUUCUAAAUUCGAUUUCAUCGUAAGAGAUGCAAAAAAAACCGAAACAAAAAGGGAUAAAAGAGAUAAGUUUGCUGGUAAAGAUUACAAAAGGCUUUUGGAGAAGGCUGAAAAACGAGAAGAAAGGCUGGAACAAAUGCGUUUGAAAAAUCCCGAAAAAGCAUCAAAAGUAGAAAAAAACAUCCAAUGGAAAAAAGCAUUGAAUCGUGCUGAAGGUCAGAAAGUAAAGGACAAUCCUGAACUUCUAAAACACAGUUUGAAAAAGAAAGAAAUGAUAAAACAGUGGAGGAAAAAAAAAUGGGCAAAACGAAUUGAACACAUGGAGCAAGUUCAAUCUCGGAAACAAGAGAAACGAUCAACAAAUAUUCAGGCUCGUAAAGAUAUAGUGAGAAAACGAAAAUUACAAAAAGCUCGAAAUAAAGGAAGAAUAUUAACAGUGAUGGGGCCAGCAUUCACUUGUUUAUUACUAAUAACAAUACAAGGAGUAAUUUGCUAUGAAACAGAAAUACCAGACUUAAAAAUACUUAGAGAUGCUAAAUUAUCAAGAGAUCCUAGAAGUUUCCUUCGUGCGAAACGAACAACAGAUGCAUUUCGUGGCUAUGCUUUUACACAUUUCUACGGAGUGCAAACCAAAAUAAACAAUCAGUUUGCGGAAUUUCAAAUACAAGCUGCAACAUUUGCGGCAAAUGUACAGCGUGAUCGGAACUACUACUUCUUCAUCGCUAAAAUUUUCAGGCUUUUUCGCACACGUUCUGUAGUCCUACAUUUUAUAUUCCACACAUUGGGAGUAAUAAUGCCAUCGGUUUUGGGUCUCGUCAUGGCAGUAUUUGUUUGGCGCUCACUUGUAGAACAAAUUGAUGGAUCAAUGAAACCACCCCUCGACGGAGUGAAACUGCCUCCUUUGAGAAAUAAGCCACCAGGAUUUUACGUGCCGAUACAUCGACGUCCUCUCAUUUAUUUGCAACUCUUGAAAGAGAAGUGCUAUGGGAAAAAGGGCAAAUACGUGAGUUUAGCACAAAAUCUCCACUUUUGCUAG